CGCCCCUGUCGUGUUUCCUCCCCUCCUCUCUAUUCCAUUGCGCUUGAUCCACCUUGUGAUUGAUUCCAAAUGCCGGUGUGUGGCUUCUUUUGGAGGAGCACUUCACUCCUCUGAAUGCACUGCAGUAGCGGCUUGUGCAUUUUAACACGGCGAUUUCUUACUAAUCCAUUCACCCUUCGGGCCGCGCUGCCUACCUUUUCCUCCGCUACACUUCGCUGCCUCACAUUAUUCAGCUCCACCUCCGCUCUCCCUCCGGCCACCCCAAUGCAAUCCUCCUCCUCCUCCUCCGCCGCGACUACGACUGAUGCUGGCCCUGCGCCAGUCUCGCCCGACCUGCUCUUCGUCCACUCGUCCUCCAUCCAAGCCUCAGGCCGCGCAGCCCUCGUCGACGCACUCCGCAACGCAGCCGCGCCGCACGCCCCAGUGGUCAGUCCCGCUCAGCAAGCAUCGUCCAUUGGACCCAAGGUCGACCAGGGUCCCAAGGUCGGCCCAGGCCCCAAAGUGGGUCCAAAUGUUGCUGGAAGUGCGUCUGUGCCGCCAGCUGCCGUCACGGCGGGCUCGGUGAGCGUUUCCGCACCAAAUGGACUGGAUAUUCGCGAUGCCGGCGAGACGCCCGAUAUGGUCGUCACCGCCGUCACGACCAAGCCAAACCCUGGUGCUGCGUUCGAGCCGGCACUCUUCUUUAAGCAGCUCGACACGCUGAAUCUGGGACACACGCUGCUCUACGGACCGCGGCUGUCGUCCACCCAGCGCCUGCUCACAGACACAUUCGUGCACGUCUCGCAGCUCCCGACCGGCUCUGUUUGUCUUGCCGACCGCCAGUACUCGGGCCAUGGCCGCGGAGGCAAUCUGUGGGAGUCGCCCGAGGGCUGCCUCUGCUUUACACUCAAGGUUUCGCAAAAGAAGCCCGAGCGUCUGGUCUUCAUCCAGUACCUCGCCGCGCUGGCCAUCAUCCGUGCCAUCAACGGCACCUCCCUCGGCAUCCGCUUGAAGUGGCCCAACGACAUUUACACGGUGGAUGGCCUCAAGGUGGCAGGCAUUGUGUGCAAGACAGAGUACCGCCACGAGGAUGCUUCCUUUGACGUUUUCAUCGGCGUGGGUAUCAACGUGGCCAACAGCAAGCCUACUACGUGCCUGAACGACAUUAUCGAACAACGCGGAGCUGCUGGUGCCGAGUUCUACACGCGCGAAAAGAUGCUUGCCUCCUUCCUGAACGCGUUCGAAACCAUGUACGCCGAAUUCGGCGGCGGCUCGGCCCAGAGCGGCACCGGCGGCGAAGGCGCUGGAUUCUCACAGUUCAUCUCCGAGUACACGACCUCCUGGCUGCACACGGACCAGAUCGUGACUCUCGAGGAGGAUGCUGCCGUUGUGCGAGUCAAAGGGCUCACGCCGACUGGCUUUUUGCUGGCGGUGGACGACGUCACCGGAGUUCCCUACGAGCUGCAGCCUGAUGGCAACAGCUUUGAUUUCUUCAAGGGCUUGAUCAAGAGGAAGUUGUAAUAUUCUGUGCACGUUUUACAGUUCGUCAGUACGCACGCGCUGUCACACUGUGAUGUUUCAAUCAACCUGGCUUUCUUCUUACUCGAGCUGUCCACUCGCAUUCUUGACUUGGUCAUACACCUCGCGUUGUCUCUCCGUCAUACUCUCAUAGGACAGCAUUGCAGCAGGAAGCGUUGAAUCAAUAGAAAAAGACUGUUGAAGCAAAAUUCUUAUUAAACAACAUAAAAGUACACAGCCAGAAA